AUGUUUGGAAAGCUGGAAGUAAAAUUGAUACCGAGGAAGAACUCGGAUGGAAACAGAAUUAAAAAGAAGAAUGGAAAUCCUUUACAAAGAUUAAAUGUAGAAAGUUCUGCACAUUUGCAUGACAUCGCUCGAUAUAUUUAUAAUUUAGCGUUUCAGAAAGAAGAUCCUCACUUUGAGAUCGGACUUUAUUUAUCAUCGAAUGGAGUAGAAUCCAAAUUACCGCUUACGCUAACUGUUGGAGAGUUCGCAUUCAUUACCCAUCAAACUAAUUCGGUCGAAAUUAAAUAUUCAUAUAACAAAGUACAUAUAGAUGAACCGCCACGACCUGUACCACCACCUCCACCUCCUCAAUCGAAAAUUACACAGCAAGAUAUUAUCGCGCAACUACAACCUACAUUUUUACCACCUCUACCUUCUCAGCAUCCAAUUCCUGAAGUUAACGAAACUAAAGCUCUUGAUAGUGUGAUGAAACCACAAGAAUAUAAUCCGCCUUCUAUUAGAUUUGGCGAAGGCAUGUCAAAUAUACUAUUUAGCACUGGAUUAACACUAUGGAAUGACUCUUUUGGGCCGGUUCCGAUGGAAAAGAAGAAUUCGAAUCCCUCAACUGGCGAGAAAAAUUCAACUCCAGAAUCGGAAUGUCUGAAAAACCAAUUGGAAUCACUUAUGCAGCAAGGAAAGCAUUAA